AAUCUUCUGCCGUCGUCCUUGCCGGCGCCCGGUGACGGUGAGGAGCACUCCGCCGAUGGACGUCGACAUGCCGCACGGAGAAGCACCGUGUCUCCACGCCGAGAUGGCUGCAGGCGCGUGGAGGUGCCCAGGCGGACCUGUCGUCGUGACUUGGAUGACGAGGAGAUCCCGGAUGAUGAUGACGACGACGACCAUUUCUCGGAUGACGAAGACGAAGACUCCCCUGAGGAAGAGGACGAUGACUACAAGGAUGAGGUGCCGAAGCGGCGGCGGAGUUGGAAGCAGACGCGACCGCCGCCGGGGACUUGCUGCGUAUGCAUGGAGCCCUGGACACCCGACGGAGCGCAUCGCAUGUGCUGCAUUCCCUGUGGACAUUUGUACGGCAGAUCCUGCCUUGAAAAUUGGCUGCAUGGCGGCGGGAGCAAGACAGCCAAGUGCGGUCAGAUGUACGUGAAGAAGCAAAUUAUCAACCUGUAUUGACCUUCUCAUUACUGCUUCUACACAUGCUCAUCAGUCAUGCAUUACGAGGAAAUCACCCUGCAGUUUUCCAUAACUCCAUUUGAUAUUUCGACCGGCGCGUUGCGAGCAGGUCUUGGCCUCUUGCAUGCGUACGUACGUUCUGAAACGCUCAUCCUGCUUUAGUGGUUUAGUAGGCAGAGUAUGCAUGUACAUAUAUAUGCUUACACAUUGAGUCAUUGACUUGCGACUU